AUGUGUCGAGGACACGCCCACCGAGGCUUCAUUCAUUGCACCGACAUGUCCUUCCAGCUAACGCUGCUUUCCAUGCUUCUACUUAUUGCCGUAGUCGUCGGUAAGUAUGGGUGUACACGUCUACUGUAGAGAACGGUUGAUAAGUACAUCCAGGGAGGCGUUAACACUACAGUAACCCUGAAUAAAAAAUAAGAAAAAAUUAGACGAGGAAUAGCCUGAUAACGUUAUGUGUCUUUCUUGAAAAAUGACCGACCCAACAAUCAGAUCCAACAGACCUUUUCUACGUAUCCUAAAUCACUUCUGGAUAUGUAUGAAUGGGUUAUGAUCGCUUUGAGAAGAAAAUUGCACCAUAUUGAGACACCUCGAAAACAAUUCCUAGAUUCCCAGAGCCUAAUUAAUUAGGAGCGUUGUGAGUAUCACAUGGUGCUGGGCUGGCUCCAGUGCUUCCGAGUAACGGAAAUCCGUAAAAGCGAGAGGAUUGCAGGGCAACCCAUUCAGUCACAAGGUGACUUGAAAGUCCAAGCCGUUCGGGACAACUCGCCGUUGAAUAUGGAGGCGUUCAACGACGAUCCGGCGCUGUACGACUACAUCGAGGUGAGCAGAGGGAGGGUCAUCGGCUACCUAUUUCCCUUCCUGAUAUGCUCUACUAAUGACCAUGACCCUUGUGCGUGUUUUUCAAUUCCGUUUUGGGAUUACAGAGGCGGAGACGUCCGUAAUACGAGCUGCGAAAAAGCCAUCAGUAUUCGGGGAAAAAUAAUAACGAGCUUUUUGUCUGUUCUCCCUCUGAUCCACUUCACAUCCUACAAAAAUAGGUGCCGUCAAGUAGGGUGAAUGGAUGUGCGAGAGGAUGAUUGAAUUUGAAUUGAGAAGACUUGAACUUUAGUUCAUUAUGAUUGCAGCAACCCGAUCCAUCGCUCAAGAGCAUGGAGAAGCGCUGGGCAAACCAAGUGAGAUUUGGAAAGAGGGCAUCUUGGGCCAGCUCGGUCCGGUUCGGUUAA